ACGCGUCAUACCACAGAUUGCUUUACAGUAUAACAUAUACACGUAACAAUAUCAUAAGAUGCCGAAAAGCGAAAAGCGCCACCGCGGUUACAAGUUUCUGUCCGACCUUUGCCUGGGAGCCUGGGACCUGGUCACCGCCAGCAGACAGAAGAUCGGCAUGGUCUUAACGUUUAUGACCUUGACCCUCAGUGCGGCUACCGUGAUCGGGAUGGCGUUUGACCGUGACCUCAAUCCUCUUCAGAGGUACAACCAAGAAUCUUGCGCCCUGCAGGCCUCCUUUGGACUUAUCAGUGUGGGCUCAGGGAUCCAAUUCUUGCUUUUUUUCUUCCUGUUAUACCAGUUCUUCAAGGCAAGACACAACAAGCACCGCGUAGAUGAAUACCAUCUGAAUGUGUCUGCAAAUGCUUUAUCCACGAUGGCCCUGGUUUCUGGUAUGACGUUAUACGUGACGAUGUUGACCUCUUCAAUGGACUUUUGGUACUAUUUCCUGGGCUGGGACAGCGUUGCAUUCGCUAUCCUCAACACUCUGAUCUGGUUCGUGACACAGUACUAUCAUCGCCACGCAGAAAGAUACAGUACUCAUCGGAGACUGAGGGAGGAGUCCACAAGUGAAGAUGACAGCAGUUAGAAGCUCAGAGGACCAGUAAGGGGGCUGAGUGUUCGACAAAUCUGGCCCCGGGGCCAUACAACUUAGACGAGCUUACUUUUGAAAUAAAACUCGCUUUUACAAAAGGAACAUAUAGUAAAAAAGUGAGACUGAGAUUAAAAGUGAACUCGUCUAAGUGUUAUGGCCCCGGGGCCAGAUCUAAUACCUUAAAUUUUUAGAUAUGAUUUUUUUAAAGCUGUUAACUAUUAUACAAUGAAGAAAACUUGAAUAAAGUUGAACUAUUAUCUUUAAACAGAGCUCUUAUGUAUUAGAGAUUAAAACAGUCAAAAAUGGUCACAAACAUUGAGCCCUCUUAAUAUGUUAGAUAAACUUAAAAAUAACGUUUAUUUGUCUUCAUAUUGCAUAUAUUGUCGUAUGUGAAAAUGUGUUUCUGCAUCGUAUCGAUCUUGCGAUUUCAGCCAUUAUCUUAUGUAUUAUGAUCAUAGUUCAUCAGAUAUACAGAAAUAUUUUGAAUAUAAGUAUUGUUAGAUCGUCUAAUAAAUUAUAAAUGAAAAA